UAAUUCAAGGGGCGGACUUUUUUAAGUGGAAACGCACGCAACAAACAUGCUCUAGUAGUUUCACAUUGUUUAGUCUUCGCCGGUCGGGCAACAUGGAGAUAGACGAAAAUGCCUCAGAGAGGUUCCGUUGGCUUCGCGUCAACUGGAAAUGGGGAACUAUCAGAAACGUAAAGAUUGGAAUAUUCCUGCGUUUCAACCCGGUGGUGACAUUUUUAUCCGCUGCAAUCAUCUGGUUCUUCGUAAUUUGGUGCGCAGUCCAAGCCGACGUCGCUAACCGCGAGAUGUCCAAAUGGAUGUUGUGGAUCACAGAGGUGUUCACCUGGAUGUACAUCGGCACCCAAGAUGUGUGGUUUCUGUUUAUUAUUGUCCUCUACUUCUCCAAGUAUGGUAAAAUGAAACUUGGAAAACCUGAUGACAAACCGGACUUUAAUGACCUGACAUACUUCACAAUGUUGUUUGCUGCCGGCAUCGGGAUUGGCUUGUUUUACUUCGGAGUGGCUGAACCUGUAUGGCAUUAUGAACCAGGAGAUUAUGGAAACCGUUAUUGGGGCAGAUACAGCGACAAUCAACGUGCCCAGGACGCCAUCAACUUGACAUUGUUUCACUGGGGCGUCCACGGAUGGAUCGUGUAUGUGGUAGUGGGUCUCCUUCUCGCCUUCGUGGGCUACAGAAAAGGCCUUCCUAUGACCAUCCGCUCCUGUUUCUACCCACUUAUUGGUGAUAAGAUCUACGGCUGGAUGGGUGAUGCGGUAGACAUCUUCUCUGUGGUGUGCACCAUGUUUGGUGUGUGUACCAGUCUUGGAGUUGGCUGCAUGCAGAUCAACAAUGGCUUUCAUCGUCUCAAUCCAGACAUUGAAAACAGCGGGACCAACCAAGUCAUCAUCAUUUGGUCAAUUACAGCAUGCGCCACGGCGUCUGUGGUAAGUGGCUUGAAGGUUGGCAUCCGUCGGCUAAGCGAGAUCUGCUUCACGCUGGGCAUGUUCAUCAUGCUGAUUGGCUUCUUCUACGACAACCCUUGGCAUUCAUUGAAUGUGUACGUACAGAGCAUUGGUUACUACUUACAGUGGAUCGUGCAACUUGGAUUUCACACAGAUGCUUUUGCACAACUGGGAAAUGCGCCCGAUGGCAAGCAGGCGGAGCGAUGGAUGAAUGACUGGACCAUCUUCUACUGGGGAUGGUGGAUCGCCUGGUCUCCGUUUGUGGGCAUGUUUAUUGCGAAGAUUUCCAAGGGAAGAACCAUCCGACAGUUCAUCAACGGCACAAUGACAGCACCGAUCCUGUACGCAUUCUUGUGGUUUUGCAUUUUUGGUGGCCAAGGCUUGAAGAUGGAACGAGAUGCUGCGGUUGCAAACAUAACGUGCGACUCCAUAAUGGGAGGAAGGGGAUCCUUGGCUCCAUAUAAAGGCCUGUACCGCUUGUCCUGCAGAGGAAAGAACGACAUGUGGUUUGAUGUCGUGCAGCAGUAUGGUGACCUAGGAACGUNCAACAAUUUAUUGAUGAAUAGUGGCUGUGAUAUAAACUUGAAUUAA